UUAAUGUUCAAUCCUGUUAUGUUAAAAAAAUAAACAAAUAAUCUUCUUUCCUCAGAAUUAUUUGCCAAAGAGAAUCAUGAAUUAAGAAUAGCAGGAGGAGCAGUGAGGGAUUUACUAAAUGGGGUGAAGCCUCAAGAUGUGGAUUUUGCCACCACUGCCACCCCUACUCAGAUGAAGGAGAUGUUCCAGUCAGCUGGUGUUCGCAUGAUAAACAACAAAGGAGAGAAGCAUGGGACGAUCACUGCCAGGCUUCAUGAAGAAAAUUUUGAAGUUACUACACUCCGGAUUGAUGUCACCACUGAUGGAAGACAUGCUGAGGUAGAAUUCACAACUGACUGGCAGAAGGAUGCUGAACGAAGAGAUCUCACCAUAAACUCUAUGUUCCUAGGUAAUCUCUUGAGAAGUCAAGACUGUGUUUUAAUUCAGCCUGUCAGGGUUUCCAUGGUAAACUUGUGCCAUGGAAAUGGUGUUGAACUCACUAACUUAUGAGAGCCAGUAUAUCCUGUUGACUGGAGCCAACAUCUCUGGGCUCAGAUUCGGUUACUCACUAGCUGCAAACUAAAGUAUUUCUGUCAGCCUCCUUUGUUCUACUGUAGUGAAGAUUAAGGGAAUAAAUUACCGUCAGUGCUUAACUGACACAUUUGUACAUUGUCUUUUAACUUACUGUACCUAAACAGUGCAAGAAAAAUGUGUAACACAAACACUCCCCCUAUAUCAUAUCACUCUCUGCACUGUGUUUUAUACAUAUGUAUCCAAAAAUGUUGUGUAGAAUGGCAUAUAACUAUCAAAUCUUUGUUAGUGACUCUACAUACAACCUCAAAAUCUUUUGGAGCAUCCAAUCUUAGGAAGCAGCAAUGAAUUUGCCAUAGAUAAUGAAACACCUGUCAGCUUAAUCCUCUGUGGUAUGAAAGGUGAGGAGAAAUAGGAGUUGAGGUGAGUUGGGAUGGUACAUCUCUGCUACACCAAUUUUUAUACUUUUAAUUUCACACAGUCUCUUUGUUUGAUUAUUGCUUCAUGUCCUGAGGAAGUAAGUUUAGGCAAGAUGGAUAUAUAAAACUGUAGAAUGCUAAAGUUAGUGAUGGUGAGAGUUUCCAAAACCUAGGCAGUAAGGAGCCCAGAUAUUGAAUGUGCUCUGUGUGUUUCUUUUUUUUUUCGUGUAUGUUUUUCUUUUUACAUAGUUCAAAUUUAAACUACUUCAUCUCGUUUUAUAGAGUCUCAUCCAACAGGAAUAUUUUCAGUAUGCUUCACUAAACAGAAAAACCAAGUCUUUAAAAAAGUAGUAUUUCACAUGAAACAAAGCUACUCUUGAUGUUGUUUUGCUGAAAUUUAUCAUUUGCCCAGCUCAGCUACAGGCACAUUGCAUAAAUUUAAUCUGCUCAACAAGUCUAUGAAGCCGUUUAAUUGAUGUAAAUGCCUAAUGUGUAGCUUGUAAAUUGAACAAUUAGGAUUCUCGCUGAAGCAGUCUGGUUCUAAAGGUCAUGCUUUUUAUAAUCUUUAGUGCUUUUGUUUGUUUGUUUUCUUUUAAAUAUAGUAAUCCCACCAAA